AUGUUCCGCAUUGACUCCCCGACGUCAUCCCCCAAUGUUGAUCUCGCCGCACUCGGCAUCACUCACGAGUUCCCUCCCAUGGCGGAAGUGCGCGAACGCGCAUCGCUCUUGUUCCCUUCUGCCGGUGCUGUUUCUCGUAGGGAGUCCAUGAAUAGCAUGAUGAGUAUCGGGAGCGACCCUGACACUCAGUACCUCAUUGUGGGAAAUGAUCUCAAUCCUCCCGGAUCAUCUAGUCCCAUGUCCGUCCGUCCGUUUUCUCCGUCAGAAUCCUUCGCGUUUCCAAGGCCACCACCCCCUGGCCUCAAUCAGGCGCAGCGUGCUUCGUCCGUUUCUGUUGGUCACGACCUCGUUGCCCCUUUGUCAUCCGCUGCUACUCUCGUCCAGAUCCACUCUCCUCCUCCCAUAUUCAAUUCUGAUUUACUGUCCUCUGCUCCCGCUUCCUCCUACCAGCUAUCACCACCCAGCAGUUUGUUGACAACUAUUCCUGGCACAUUUCCUAAUCCUUUUGCUGAUCCUGCAAAACCCGAAUUCGAUACCAUCCAUCGCCCAUUCGCACCUACGCUAGACGAUGAAGUCUCCGUCGUCCCGGGCGAUCAAGUCCUCGUUUUGAAGGUCUUCGAUGAUGGCUGGGCGUUCAUCGAGAAGCAGUGCGGAUUCUUGGAUGAUAGCGAGAGGGGUCUCAUUCCCGUGGACUGCUUGCGCGAAGCUGGUCAGGCCCUCCCAGUAUUCCUAUCUCAAAAGCGGGUAAGCGGGUACCAAGCUGAUAUAAAUCAACUAGCCCAAAUGUUGAAGGUGUAA